AUGGGCUCCAAUUACACCUUCCAGGGCUGGAUGGGCCUAGACAAAACCUCCGCCCAGGGCAACAUGGUUUGGCAAAGCUACACUGCCAAACCCUUCGAGGAAAGCGACGUUGACAUUAAAAUCACCCACUGCGGCAUCUGCGGCAGCGAUCUCCACACGUUGCGUUCUGGCUGGGGCCAAUCGCUCUACCCUGUCUGCGUGGGGCAUGAGAUCGUCGGUACUGCCGUCCGCGUCGGCAGCAAAGUCGAGAACGGGAUCAAAGUCGGCGAUCGCGUCGGAGUCGGUGCCCAGAGCGGCUCAUGUCUGCGACCUGAUUGCGAGGAAUGCUCGCACGACCAAGAGAACUAUUGCCAGGUCAAGCAGACGGGGACGUACAACUCGAAGUGGCCGGACGGGAGCAAGUCAUAUGGCGGGUAUGCCGACUACUGGCGCGGACACAGCCACUUUGUCUUCAAGAUCCCGGACGCGAUCCCGAGCGACAUCGCUGCCCCGAUGCUUUGUGGAGGGAUCACGGCCUUCUCACCAUUGACACAGUACGGUGCCGGCCCAGGCACGCGUGUUGGGAUUGUCGGUUUAGGAGGACUUGGGCAUUUCGGGGUGAUGGGCGCCAAAGCCCUCAACGUGGACAAACUGGUCGCCAUCAGCCGGAGGAGCUCCAAGAAGGCCGAUGCCCUCACAAUGGGUGCCGACGACUUCAUAGCCACGGACGAGGAUAAGGAUUGGCACCGCAAGCACCGCCAGAGUCUCGAUCUGAUCGUGUGCACUGUCUCUUCUCCGAAAAUGCCACUGGCACGAUACCUACAGCUCCUCCGUGUGGGUGGGACAUUCGUCCAGAUCGGCGCGCCCGAGGACAACAUUCCUUCCUUCAACGCCUUCUCUCUGCUCUCCAAGAAGAUCAAGAUUACGGGUAGCGGCAUCGGCAGCCCCAAGGAAAUCCGCGAGAUGCUGGAUCUGUUCGCGGAGAAGAAGGUCUGGACGUGGAACAACAACUACCCAAUGAAGGAGGCGAACCGGGCCAUCGUGGACAUGGAAGAGGGCAAGGCACGGUAUCGCAUUGUGCUGGUGAACGAGAAGAAUCUGAAUGAAAGCCGCCUGUAG